AUUCCAAAUGACAGACGUAAAUAUUUACAUCCCAUCACUUGCAAAAAAAAAACAUUUCUUGUACAAUCUUUGUAUUGCGCUGAGAAAUCUGUAGUAACAUUCCGUGUUCCAAAAUUGGUCCAUCGGCGGAAGCAUCAUGUCUUGGUUUCAAGAUCUAGCUGGCAAGGCGGAAAACAUACUUACGAAGAUAGAUCAGAAUGCUGCCACAGUGCUACAAACCCGCCCAACAUCUGGUGAUGUGGAAGGUGCUCCGCUGCUGGAGGUCAGUGUGAUGACGAACGAAGCUCCCUCGCCGAAUGUACCCAAACCAAGGAUGGUGGUCUCCAAAAGUUCUCUGCUUAGCAAAAAGAUGCCCAAAGGAAUGGUGCGUUCCGCAUCUAAUGCGUCCUACGAAAAAAGCCAAGAGCAGGAAGCCGAAACACAAUCAGUAAAAUCCGAAAAACCAAACAUAUCCGGAUCCUCUUCCCGCCGCAGUUCGCUGACCUCAAAGAAGGAUGGCACAGUCAUCGAUAUGAGCGAGCUGGUGACAAAUCAUUCCAGCCACGAUGUGCGUGAGCCAAACUAUUCCAUCGAAAAGGAAAUGGCUGCGUUGAAGAUAGUGCUUGCUGAAGUAAAAGCCGAACGGGACGAACUGAAAGGUGAACUCGAUACAGCACUCUCGCAACAGCUGAGCAAUGGCGAGACGGAAAGUAAACUAUUGGAGCUUGAAGUACUGUGCCAGAAUUUAUCGACAGAAAAGAAUAGUUUGGCUGGAAAGUUGCUCGCCAUUGAAGAGGUAAACAGUAAGUACGUAAAAUCCAUCUCGGAGCUGGAAUCAACGAUUGCAAAGCACAUACAGAGCGAGCAGGAACUAAACGGGAAGCUGGAGACGGCGAAACUCGAGACAGAAAAUGUGCUGAGUGAAUUGCAACAAUAUCGUGUUCGGGCACAUGCGACGCUACAGUUGAAAGAGAAAACAAUUGAACAGCUGAAGGAACAAAUGAACGGUAGCCGAGCUGAUGAUGGUAUCAGCCCGAACGAUGCUGCUACAGUCAGCAGUGCUGAGCAGAUACUACAGAUUGAACUGGAGCAAACAAGGCAAGAGAAGGCAAAUCUCUUGGAGGAACUGAACAAUCUUAACGAACGCAUGAGGCAGCGCGAAGCACAAUGGUUGAGCAACGAGGAAAAGUUGCGGUUAACCGUUAACGGGCUAGAACAAAACGGUCAUCGAUUUCAGCAACAAGUUUCGUUCGAGAUGGAUAAAUUUAAAUUGCUGGAAGACGAUUUUCAUGCACAGCAAAAGGAACUAGCGUCUGCGCGGGAGGAGCUGAUCAAGCAACGUACAAGCUUCACUAUGCGGCUGCACGAGAAAGAGUCGGAGAUCAACAAGCUGCGUAACAAAAUACACAACCGACCAGUAAGUCCACUAAAUGACCACGAGGAUCGGUUAGCAUCGUUGACACAGUCACUGGUGCAGAAGCAAACAGCAUUAGAGACGGUUACGGCCGAACGAAAUGCUCUUCGAAUACAGCUGGAAAAAUUGGAAAACCAGUACCGAAACACUGCAUCACAAGUGAGACAACAGCGGGCGGUUUAUUUAAACAGUAACGUUACUGAUGAUGCCAAAUCACAGGUACCGAACUUCAUGCUAGAAACGCCAUUCGACAACAACGUGGCGCGAAGGAUGAAACGCGCAUAUUCAUCUCUCGAUUCAAUCGGCAUUCGGCUGGGAGUGUUUCUGCGACGUUACCCACUGAUACGCAUUCUUGUGAUAGUUUAUGUUGCCGUUUUGCAUCUGUGGGUAAUGUUCGUGCUCCUGUCUUCUACGCCUACAUAGGAGCAAUGUUGAUUGUUAAUUGUGUAUAAGUAUUUGUGUUAAUACAAAAUUUUAAAUAAAUAAACAAUGAAACAUCGCA